UGGAGAACAGAGCAUCACACAAAAAAUGGCACCGGCACGAACACGAGUCAACUCACUCCACGUGGCAGUGAUCGGAGCCGGAGCCGCCGGACUCGUAGCUGCACGAGAGCUACGCCGUGAGAAUCACUCCGUCGUCGUUUUCGAACGUGACUCAAAGGUUGGAGGUCUCUGGGUAUACACACCUAACAGCGAACCAGACCCACUUAGUCUCGAUCCAAACCGAACCAUCGUCCACUCAAGUGUCUACGAUUCUCUCCGAACCAAUCUCCCACGAGAGUGCAUGGGUUACAGAGACUUCCCCUUCGUGCCUCGACCUGAAGAUGACGAAUCAAGAGACCAGAGAAGGUACCCUAGUCACAGAGAAGUUCUUGCUUACCUCGAAGACUUCGCUAGAGAAUUUAAACUUGUGGAGAUGGUUCGAUUUAAGACAGAAGUAGUUCUUGUUGAGCCUGAAGGUCAAAAAUGGAAGGUUCAAUCCAAAAAUUCAGAUGGGAUCUCUAAAGAUGAGAUCUUUGAUGCUGUUGUUGUUUGUAAUGGACAUUACACAGAACCUAGAGUUGCUCAUGUUCCUGGUAUAGAUUCAUGGCCAGGGAAGCAGAUUCAUAGCCACAAUUACCGUGUUCCUGAUCAAUUCAAAGACCAGGUGGUGGUAGUGAUAGGAAAUUUUGCGAGUGGAGCUGAUAUAAGCAGGGACAUAACGGGAGUGGCGAAAGAAGUCCAUAUUGCGUCUAGAUCGAAUCCAUCUACGACAUACUCAAAACUUACUGGGUCUAACAAUCUAUGGCUUCACUCUAUGAUAGAUAGCGUACACAAAGAUGGGUCGAUUGUUUUUCAGAAUGGUAAGGUUGUACAAGCUGAUACCAUUGUGCAUUGCACUGGUUACAAAUACCACUUCCCAUUUCUCAACACAAAUGGGUAUAUUACUGUCGAGGAUAACUGUGUUGGACCGCUUUACAAACACGUGUUUCCGCCUGCGCUUGCACCCGGGCUUUCCUUCAUCGGUUUACCCUGGAUGACGCUGCAAUUCUUUAUGUUUGAGCUUCAAAGCAAGUGGGUGGCUGCAGCUUUGUCCGGUCGGGUCACACUUCCUUCAGAAGACAAAAUGAUGGAAGACGUGACCGCCUACUAUGCAAAGCGUGAGUCCUACGGGCAACCCAAGAGAUACACACAUCGACUUGGUGGCGGUCAGGUUGAAUACCUCAACUGGAUAGCUGAGCAAAUUGGCGCACCACCCGGUGAACAAUGGCGGUAUCAGGAAAUAGAUGGCGGAUAUUACAGACUUGUUACACAAUCAGACACUUUCCGUGAUAAGUGGGACGAUGAUCAUCUCAUUGUUGAGGCUUAUGAGGAUUUCUUGAGACAGAAGUUGAUUAGUAGUCUUCCUUCUCAGUUAUUGGAAUCCUGAAGAUGAUGAAGAUUCCUUGGACAAAUGGUUGACCUGUCUGUGUGUUGUUCUUUUGUUGUUGUGUAAAAUAAAAGCCAUAUAGGUUGAUAAACACUUGGUAUCUGAGAUUUGAUUCUUAAACAUUUUCAUUGUCUUUUUUUAUCUUUGAAUGUUGGAAAAAAAAAAGGUUUUAUACAGACGAAAUCACCAUUAAGCAUGUUGUACAUUUUCUUGUUGA